GAACGGCCCUACACGUGUGGGGAAUGUGGGAAGAGCUUCGGGGACAACUCCAACCUGAUCAAACACAAGCGUACCCACACUGGGGAAAGACCCUUCAAGUGUGGGGAAUGUGGGAAGAGCUUCAGUUACAGCUCCACCCUCCGCAAGCACCAGCUCAUCCACACUGGGGAACGGCCCUACAAGUGCUUGGAAUGUGGGAAGAGGUUUCAGACCAGCUCCAAGCUCCUCGAGCAUGAGCGGAUACACACAGGGGAGAGGCCCUUCCGCUGCACCGACUGCGGGAAGGGCUUCAAACAGAACGGCAAGCUCGUCAGGCACCGGCGCAUCCACACCGGGGAGAGGCCCUACAAGUGUGGGGAGUGUGGGAAGAGCUUCAGUCGGAGCUCCCACUUGACCCAACACCAACGGACCCACCAGUAAGGGAAGCCCUCCGAGUGCCCCGAAUGUGGGAAGAGCUUCG